AGUCAGAAUAUAUUCUGUUAUCAUCGCAUUCCGGGGAUUUACACAUUGUACUUGAUUGCACUUACUCUAUAUACGUCAUACAUUUAGAGACGAUAAGUUGCAAUUAUUUAAUUUAUCAGUAAAAAUUGUAAUAUAUCCCUUGAAAAACGGAAAUCUGUUAAGAAAUAAAGAAUAUAAUUAGAGCAAAGUAAAAGAUAAAAUUCUCUAUGAUAAAUUGAUUUAAAAUCAAAAAUAUGGCAUCUUAUGAAGAAGAUGAGGAAAUAAGUAUAAAAGUAAAGCUUUUGCGAUUACAUUGUCCAUUUACUUACAAGGGAAUACAAGACAGUACGAUAAAGCAUUCCAUAUUAUACAUCAAUAAUAAAAUUGUAGAUCAUGAAAAUGAUACAAUUGAAGAUGAAACAUCUUGUCCUUUAGAACUGUUGAUAAAAUCUUUGUUUAAAUGUUAUAAAGCUGUAAUAAGUGCAGAUCAUGAUGAAGCAAAAAAAAAUAUUACAAAAGCAGAAGAUGUAUUAAUGGAGAUUCAACAAGGGCAAGAAUUAUGCCGAACAUCAAGAGCAAUUGAACAUGUUUUUUAUUCAACUAAAUGUUUUUUUUUAUAUGAAUUUGAAGAAGAUUCUAUUCUGUUAAAAGAGAUUUUAGAAAAUAUUGAUGAUACAGAAAAAUUCAAUAAUGAAGAACUUGGUGCCUUAUAUGGUUGCGAAAGCGUUACUUGGUCUUGUUUAAAUGAUUAUGGGAUAAAAAAUGCGAUUAAUAUGGCUAAGAAAGCAAUAGAAAAAAAUCAAGAUUGUGCAUUAUGGCAUUUUAUUCUUGGGAAGAAUCUCAGGCGUCAAAGGCGUUCCAUAAAUAUUUCGGCUGAAGUGUCAGCUGAGGAAAAAAAACAUUUUGAAAUAGCAUAUGCUAUUUCUAAGAAUGAUGUAUUUGGAAUUUAUUAUUUACAAAUGCGUAUGGAGACUUUUUAUAAAUAUGUGAGAGGAAGAGAUCAUUUUAUAAGAAAAACUAAUAAUGAAAAACAAGUAUUGCAAAUCGCCAAAGAAAUUGUUAAACGUAGACCAACAAAUUAUAGAGUUUUGCUAAAGUUAGCUCUUAUGUUUCUACGUGCAAAUGUUUCAGAUGAAACAUUGUUAGCGAAAGAAUGUCUAGAUGCUGUAAAAGAAAUUGCACCAAAUAAUACUACAUAUCUGCAUUAUACUGCAAUGUUAUACGAGCAGUGCGGGGAUUAUAAGGAAGCUAUAAAAUAUUUUAAAAAGGCUGCCGAAGGUUAUAACUUUGUAGCAGAACUUGCUUAUAUACAAUUUGGUUGGGAAACUGCAGAGCUGGAACCUUUGCCGCAUUUAUUGCGAAUGUUGAAGAAAUAUGAACAUGUAAUCAAAGAGCGACAAAUUGCUCUGCUUUUAGCUGUUGCAGUUACUUAUUAUUCUCUCCAUAAGGAUAUAACAAAUGCAGCAGAAUAUUUUUUAAAGGCUCUUAUAAUAGAUCCACGGAAUAAUAAGUUUAAGACAUACUACAAAUAUCUUGAUUUUAAUACUCCAAGUAUUUCAUCUUUUUUAAACGAUCAAUUUUGCCCUCUACUCGAGAGGAAGAAUUCUCGAGAGACGAGUCAAAAAAUAAAAAAUCUUUUAAAUGUAAGGGACGUAACCACUGACGAUGUAACUAAUUUAUCAGAAGAAUUUGGAAACCUUUGUGCAAAUGACAAAACAGGACAAUCUGAAUAAAAUAUUUAGUUACAAAUGAUGAUUGCCUAAACAUUACGUAAAUUACAUUUUAAUUAUGUUUUAAUUAUGUUUUAAAUAUUUUAAUUAUGUUUUGGUGCAAUACUUUGUUAUUGACUUUGCACACAAUUGAAUUUUAUUUUUAAGUAUAAACUAUGUUAAAUAUAGUAUAUUAAUAUAUAUACCAAAAUUGUAAUAUUAAAUAUAAAUAAUAUGUUUAAAUAAUAAUAGUUAUAAUUAUCAUAUACCUAAAUUUUUUUACUGAGAGAAUAAAGUGUAUUAAUAAAUGUUACGAAUCUAAAUUUAUGCAUAUUUUUCUUUGAAUUUAAAAAAAAGUGCGCAAUUUCCACCAAUAACUAUAUUAGCGACCGACUUCAGUAUGCUUGAAACGCGCGUCGUGCACACAAAAUUCCAAAAUUUUUUCAGAGCACGAUGAACGUUCCAGAUUUUUUUCGGAACACGGUGAAAGGUAUUACCGGUGUAGAAGUGAAAAUAUAUGACGGAGGAGUUUGUGUCUAUGAACUCGAGACUAUUCAAUCCAACAAGAAUAAUCUAAGAAUAUUACUGCAGAAUUUACGAGACAUGCAAUCGAAUGUCAAUGUUUUUUUAACCACACUAAUUCAACAGCGAGAGCGGAUUAGCGGAGAACAAAAAACGACAAAUCGAUCAAUUUUCUCGGAUAUUGUACGGGAUUCCGUUGUGGAGAAGGAAGAGGCCAACCCGAAAAAAUGCAAGUUAUCGAUCUAGUUGUCAAUUUUCUCUAUUACUCUGUGUAUUAAUAAAUAUUUACUUUUCAACGA